AUAACACUUUAGCUUCAGCUUAGAUAAGUCAAAGGUAUACCUUGAAUCUUCAAUCAAAUUUAUAACCUAACUUAUCUUCAAAAUGAAGGUCUUAACAGCUUUUCUUUCUCUAGCGUCAGCUGUCCAAGCCCACUACACAUUUCCCGCGCUGGUUGCAGGUAGCGGCGCUACGAGUAAGUGGGAGUAUGUAAGGAAGACAACAAACUAUCAAAGCAACGGGCCAGUCACCGAUGUCACAUCUGAACAGUUCAGAUGCUACCAACUUGCGCCUGGCAACGAGGGAGCGAAGACAAUGACAGUAGCUGCCGGUUCGACAGUUGGCUUCACGGCUGAUGCUUCGGUCUCUCACCCAGGGACUCUACAAUUUUACAUGGCGAAGGUCCCCGCUGGGCAAACGGCUGAUUCCUGGGAUGGGUCCGGAGCUGUGUGGUUCAAGAUUUUCUCGCAGGGCCCUAACAUCGGACCCAGCGGCCUCACGUGGCCAAGCCAGGGCGCCAAGCAGGUGACGACCAAGAUCCCCGAGUGUAUUCCCGCAGGCGACUAUCUACUUCGCGUAGAGCACAUCGCCCUUCACAGUGCCGGCUCAGUUGGCGGUGCCCAAACUUACAUAUCCUGCGCUCAGUUGACAGUUACCGGAGGUGGAAGCAAGAGCCCGACUAACCUCGUCUCGUUCCCUGGCGCAUACAAGGCUACAGACCCUGGUCUUUUGAUCAACAUCUACUACCCUGUCCCCACGUCUUAUACCGCUCCUGGACCGGCUGUAUUCACUUGCUGAUUGAUCGCACGUGCGAUGGAGUCGAUAGCAAUUGAUAUUAUACUAGUUAAUAUACGACAUUUAAGACACCUGCGCCUUGAAACUAAGCGUGUUUAAAAUAUGCUAUGCGGCAAC